GAGUCGGGGCUGGGCUGGGAAACAGUAGCUGUUGGAAAAAACAUGUAACGGUGCAAGGUACGCUGCACCUUCUCACGACAUUCCUUACUGAGACCCAGUUCAUCUAACGAGACAAACUCCUGUUUAUCAUAGUGUGACCGUGUAAGGUGGUGGGGAAGGCCUAAUCCCUCAUCUUCAAUAGGCCCCCCUCAGCCAUGGACAAACAAGGAGCCAUGAGUACAUCAGGCAAAGCCAGUGGGCUAAAACCCCCCAGUAAAAUAGUCCGUCCCUCCGGCGUUCCAUCACGGACAUCACCGUCAUCUGGUACCUCGAAGCCAGUUCCUCCUGAAAAGUCCCCUGGCAGUGUGACCUCACCAGUCCAAGAUGGAAACACAGACUUUAAAAUUGGAGAGAGAGUCUGGGUGAACGGCAACAAGCCUGGCUAUGUGCACUUUGUUGGAGGGACGCAGUUUGCUCCCGGCCAGUGGGCGGGCAUUGUGCUGGACGAGUCGAUCGGGAAAAACGAUGGCUCUGUGGCAGGGGUCCGGUACUUCCAGUGUGAGGACGGACGGGGGAUAUUCACGCGGCCUUCAAAGCUGUCCAGAACAGCACUGCCAGAGAAGGAGACGAAUGGAGGCCGGGCCAGUCCAGGUUACCUUUGGAUGUAG